CAUGAUGUUGUACAAACCACACAUUCAUCUAUAGUAAACAUUGCAGCAGCAAAGAUGUACUCCCUUAUCUUGGUAGCCUUGGCUCUGUGCCUUGCCUCUGCAUCCUCAGCAGACAAGGUGGUGGUGGGAUUCUACUCUGAGCAACUCUGUCCUGAUUGCCUCAUGCUGAGCAACGGACCACUGACAGAUGCUUUUGAGCAGGUACCCGACAUCUUCACCCUGUAUUAUGUCCCCUGGGGCAAUGCAAGGUUAAUGACCGAUGGCAAAUUUGAGUGUCAGCAUGGAAAGAUGGAGUGUGUCAUGAACACUGUCAUGGCCUGUGUCCUCAACUACUACCCUGAUCAGAUGCAGUUUUGGCCAUUCUUGCACUGUAUUGACCAGUACAAGGAGAAACAGGAUCUCAAGAAAGCCGAGAGUUGUGCGUCUGAGACCAAGCUAGACUGGGACCAGAUCAACACCUGUCAAUCUGGAGACAUGGGGCACAAGCUUGAGCUGAUGUUUGCGAAUGUGACUAACCAACUCAACCCCCCUCACAAGUACACACCCUGGAUCACCAUCAAUGGAGAGCAUAACAACAAUGCUGAGGGUGAUGGUAUGGUAAAAGAGAUCUGCAGUGCUUACACAGGCAGCAAUGUGCCAGCGGCCUGUAACUAGACUGUGUGAUUCGAGGAACUUGAAUAGAAUGUGAAAUGAUUGUGCUGUUAAUAUUUUCAUUCCGUAGGGGCUCUAUAAUUGUACACUGUAUAAUGUGACUUCAUGUUCGAGGAUCUUUACCACCCAACAUAUUUUCAA